GGACCGCCGCGCUCGAAGGGAUCUUUGAGGCGCUUAUAUCUUUUCUCCAUAACAUCUUUUAUAUAGUGUUAUUCUCUCUCCAAUUUCCUUCAUCUGACUUAUUUACUCUUUGGUCAUACACAAGUCUCCAUUUCACUUCAGCUACCACAGACAACUGAUCCGUCAAUAUGUCCGGACAGGGACAGCAAUCAGAGUCUGCUGCGAUGACCAGCAGCAGCGCUGAUCGCAUGGUCGGCAUGGACCACGCCGAAGUGCGUUAUUUCACGAGUUAUGAUCACCAUGGCAUUCAUGAGGAGAUGCUCAAAGACGAUGUUCGCACUAGAUCCUACCGUGACUCUAUCUACCAGAACCGUCACAUUUUCAAGGAUAAGGUCGUCCUCGAUGUCGGCUGCGGAACCGGUAUUCUCAGCAUGUUCGCCGCUAAGGCAGGUGCUAAGCAUGUGAUGGGUGUUGAUAUGUCAUCGAUCAUUGAGAAGGCCCGUGAGAUCGUUGCUGCCAACGGCUUGUCCGACAAGAUCACCCUGCUCCAGGGAAAGAUGGAGGAAGUUGUCCUUCCUUACCCCAAGGUCGAUAUCAUCAUCUCUGAGUGGAUGGGCUAUUUCCUGCUCUAUGAGAGCAUGUUGGAUACCGUUCUGUACGCUCGCGACCAUUACCUUGUCCCUGGUGGCAAGAUUUUCCCCGAUAAGGCCACCAUGUACUUGGCCGCUAUCGAGGAUGGCGAGUACAAAGAUGACAAGAUUGGAUUCUGGGACAACGUGUACGGGUUCAAUUACAGCCCGAUGAAGGAGAUUGCCCUUACCGAGCCCCUUGUUGAUACCGUCGAGAUGAAGGCACUCGUCACCGACCCUUGCCCCAUUAUCACUUUUGAUCUCUACACUGUUACCACGGCCGAUUUGGUCUUCAAGGUUCCGUUUAAGCUUCCUGCGAAGCGCAGCGACUUCAUCCACGCAGUGAUUGCUUGGUUCGAUAUUGAAUUUGGCGCAUGCCAUAAGCCUAUUACCUUCUCGACUGGUCCCCACGCCAAAUACACCCACUGGAAGCAAACUGUCUUCUAUCUGCGCGAUGUUCUGACCGUCGAGGAGGAGGAAGUUGUCUCUGGUGUCUUGGAGAACAAGCCCAAUGACAAGAACAAGCGCGAUCUCGACAUCAGCAUCUCCUACAAGUUCGAGACCACGGACCCGAACCGUGCUUCCGAGGGCAGCUGCUUCUACAGGAUGUGCUAAAUUCUUGCGCAUCUAUUGUUCUUUCGGCUGUUCUGCCGUCCGGCUUGGGAGUCGAUUUAUAUCUUGUCAGUAACAUAAGGGUUCUGCCUUGUGGGCAGCAUAGCAUCUUAACGGAAGUUCGCUUGUGUGGACGUCGGGUCGAUGCAAGGUUCUUUGACUUGUUUAUUUCUGUCAUGCCAUUUCUUCUCAUCAUUUUUCGGCGUUGUUUACGGAAGGCAAGGAAACGGCAUUACCAGUUGGCGCGGUACGGAGAGAUGGUUCCACCAGGACGAUUAUGAAGCUCCUCGAAUUUUCCAAGUAGAUACCCCGAGUCGAUGCUCAGUCUAACACCUCCGACGUUCUCUCUAUGCAUUACUUAACUUAUCGCUUAAUUUUACGAAGUCCGACUGACUCCAAC